GCGUCGGAAAAUGCGGAUGGCGACGAAGCGUGGCCUUCGGCAUCUUCUAGUGCAACGGAAGAUGGCGAAGUAGUUGGUUGUACUUUAGAGAUACCGCCAGGUACACCGCCGGAACCGGUGCAGCUGCAACGACCAGUAGCAACUGGAGAAAACGCGAUUCCGUCUCCAAUCAUGCAGGAAGGCGCUUUAUUGGAAGAGAACUUCUUGCAAUUGCAUCGCGAGUUCGAAGCCUCCAUACAGAGUAAUCAGGACUUGACCUUGCUCCUAGCGAGGGCACAAAAAAAGGAUGUCGUGCGGCAGAAGACGAUCAAAAAGCUGACAGAUGUGAACAAUAACUUGCUGAAGGAGCUAGAACAGUACCGAAGCCGUGGUUUCCACGGUGGCUUGAGCAUUUCGACAGCACACGGUUCGGGCACGAACCUGAACGUGUUCGAUGCCUGGUCUUCUGCGCCGAAUGUGACGCCCCUCUCUGACAGUGCCUCACAAACCAUCGACAUGCAACGACUAGCAGAUAGUGUUGCCUCGCAAACAACGCAAACUCUAGCAGAGGAAAAAUCCUCGCGAGGAGUCGAUGGUCAAAUAGACGGCCUCCCUUUCCUUCCAUCAUCUUCGGGAAAACAUGGACAAGGAGCAUUUGGGGCGACUCUAGGCAGAGUUGGUAUUGACAAUUAUUCGUCCGAUGAGGCCCACGAGUGGAUCGAAACGAUGAACCUGCCAGAUCAAACGCAGCAAGUCCUCGAGGAACUGUUUGGUCGCGAAGGCAGCCUUGAAGACCAGGGCACUGUGUCAGGUGAGACGUCGAAUAGAGGUCCACUACAGGGACAAGUAGAAAAUUCCUUGACGAACCUGCAUUCUUCGGGUGGUAGUCAAGAUGUUGAGGUUGUUCACGAGCCAGGUGGUUCCAGCAGUCCUACAGGGAGCAACAAGGGUCGAAGUUGUGACUACGAAAUGCUGGAGCACCAGAGGUCGUCGUGCUCCUCUUACGACUCGGGAACGAGCGUUGCGGCGAUUCCAGGGGCGGAACUUGGCGAACGGCCUCCCGCCGCAGUCCUAGCAAGUGCGGUGGAACGACUGCAGGAAGAAAAUCGAGCGCUUCGUCGACAAUUGAAAGCGACUUCGCCCAGUGCGCGCAACCAGACAACACCGUCGAGCGGAUCACGUCGAUCACCCAAACAACCUGUAGUUCUGUCGCCACUCAAGCCUCAACAAGGCAGCGGUCAAAAGAAGGUAACUUUCAAAUUCAAUCUGUUUUUGAACAAAGGGUUGCGGUUGGAUUCUCACUGAAUGUAGGUUUAGUUGUUUCAUCGACACUGAGAAUUCUAGCUGUAGUUGUGAUUAUUUAGUUGUUCUUGACUUUGCUAUUUUGUUUGUCCGUCGUUGAAAGUCACUAAGUGAAAUUCUUCUCCUCCAGGAUGAUGCCAGCGACGCUAAGGCAACGGAUUUGUUUGGCUUGGCGGGAACGAGAUUGGAUUUGGACGUGCCCACACGGGGGUCGGCAGCGUCCGCACAGCAGCGCUCGCGCAGUGCAGACUAUGACUAUGGGAAAAAGCGGGUAUCAUUCGAAUCGCCGAAAGCGCUCGUAUCCUACAAGUCUCCGGAACACCCGAGUGGAGGUCAACUCGGAUCUGCUUCAAGUUCCAAGGCACUUCUUGCGCCAUCUUCGCGGAACCUCACAUUUUCGCCGAAUGAAUUUGGGGUUUCCACCGCGACUGGGCAAGCAAGAAUACACGAGAAUGAGGUGCGGGUCUUGAAGUUGGAGCUAGAUUCAGUAACAUCGACGAAAGAGGCUAUCGAAGAGGAAAACCGCAGUCUGAAGAUAGAAACCAAGCAUCUUCGCAAGCUGUUAGAGCUGAAACAGGGUGUCGGUGUGGGUAGUUCGGGUCAAAUGAGUGCUGCAGCAGAAUCAGGAGAAGAAACUUCGAUGGUGGUCGAAAGUAGUAGCUUCAACGCGGGACUGCAGCAGCCGACCAGGCGGGGAGAUUCUCGCAGUCCCUUGGGCAAAGAUGCUCCGGUUGCCGCGAUAUCCAAAACGACGUCUCCGACUCAGACCAAGGCAGCUGUGAAGACCAGUAGUGCGUCGUCCAGCUCCUCUCCACAUCUAAACGGAGUGGCAGCAGAGCUAGAGAGUCGUACUCGAGAGUUGGAGAGGCAGCAGCUCCAAAGUGCACUGCUGACUGCCGAAGCACGGUUGAAAGCGAAGGGUAUCGAGCAUGACCGAGCUUCGGAGACACUGAGAAAGGAACACGGAAAUACCGUGGAGACGCUGCGCGCGGAGCACGCGGCUGUCCUGAAGGAGCUGCGCGCCGAACUAGAGGCCCUGCAAACCGACAGCGCAGCGCGACUCCAGGAGGCGCGCAUGGAGAUCGAGCAAGAAUGUGUCGAAGCAUUAGAGGAGGCGAGGGAAGAAAUUUGGGCAGAAGCACAGAAUGAAGUGCUAACUUUCUUGCAAUCUCAAGGAGCGGGCACUGAAGUACUGGAAAUGGUGCAGCUCAUGCGGAGAGCUACUGGGGCUAUCAAAGAGCUGGAACGCAGUGUGAACAACGGCAGCAGUCUGAAUACUAGUUUAAACUACGGCGCGGGCGGCUCCACAGUAUCGUCCUCGAGCAAGAACGUCGAGAAUGCUAGUGCAACGUCUAAAACUUUUUUAAAAGAGGCUAAUCCACUAAGUAUAGUCGGCGCAACUUCUAGCAGUAAGUCUACCCUGAAUCUGAUGCCGGAUGUGCAGGACGUGCUACCUGCGAUCAAGGCAGCCUCUCAUCAAUCGUCGUCGCAAAGGAGCACAAGUCGCCGUAGCUUUCCGCUUGACAAUGAGCACGCACAGCCUAAAAACAGGGAAGAGUUUCCUGGCAGCACGAACAAUAAAUCGUCUUCUUCAUCUCGUGCUCCGAACGCUCAAGCUGCGUCUUCUUCUUGGUCACCGAGGCAACAAGACAACAUCGAUUUCGAUUUCGAGAUGAAAGCAUCUACUCGUCCUGAGGAGCAUAUUACUUUAGUUUUUGGCGGGGGCCCUUCUGAAGAGGAUGAUGACAUGCGAUGGCAGGCGAUGGAGCAACGCCUACAAAAGAUCCAGCGUGAUUUGGUCGCGAGAACGAAUAGCUACGUGACCCAGUCAAAUGUUUUUGAUGAAUCAGAGGCGGAGGCCCGCACGCCCGGAGGGUCUUCUUCGGGUAGAAAGGUUGCAUUUGAACCACCAUCACGUAGUUUCAUAGAUGGAGGACGUCCACACGCGUCAGAAGAACCCGACGAGGGCUUCGGAAACGAACAGGAGAAGCUGUUUCUGGAGCGAUUGAGUCAAUGUGAGCGUAGAGGUACUGCAGGACAAACGAAUACUACAACAGCAGAGCAACAUCAACAGGAAGCGACCUCGAGAAGUGGUUGGUCGUCCCGAGGAACCAGUAGAGAAGCUCCCAAUCGUGGUACGCUUCUUGACGAGCACGCUGACAGUCGACUCAUUCUCAGUUCCGGCUUGCAGACCAAAAAUGUGUCGAAAAAUUCGCAUUUUGAUCAGCAGCACGGUUUCCCAACAUCCAGCGGAGAGAUGUCCGGGAGCGACAUCGACGUUUUCCUCGCUGGCCGUAGCAGCAGUAGAAGCUCCGUAGGAGCGGGAAUCGCAGUGCAUUCUCCACCUUCAUCUAUGCACCAUACUACGGGAGGACUCGGAGGGAAGCAGAUCCCAGGUAUCAUAUCUCCUGUGCAAGCUGCACUUGACGGCAUCAACGGGAUGACUCAACAAUUGGACGCCGCCAGUGAUGGGUUGCACUCGCAUGAAAGGCAUCAACAGCUUAGAAAUACUGGGCAGCAGCUACAGCAGCAAGAGCCGUUGCGUCAGAUUCUCAGUAGCGAACAUUUGGCCUCCAGUUCUGCUGUUCCCGGUGGAGGUGCUGGCACGGCGUUUCUUCAAGCCCCUGGUAGCUUUGACCAUGUUGGUAUGAGCAAGACCCCAACAUUACUUCUAGCAGCCGAGCAAGGGCAUCUGCAGCAGUUUCAGCAACAUCCUGCUGCGCACCAUCACCUCGCUGGGCAACCUGUCAUAACGGUACCAGGAGCUGCCACUUCCAGUGACGCUUUCUACCAGCAGCAGCAACAGCUCCAUUUGCAGCAUACUGGUAUGCUCAUUAGCGCUUCGCAGCAACCGCAUCAUCUAGAGCAGCUGAGGCAUCAGGCAGUAGCCGGAGGAGUGCAACCGCAAUAUUCAGCUCGUAGCGCUAAUCGUUACGCCGGCGCGCGUGGUAGCAGUUCGUUUGGAGACCAAUAUCAUGGUUACCGAACAACUUCCUCAUCCGGAGCCACAAUUGGUGGAAGCCUCAAGGCCACGGCCGCCCGACUCUCAGGGUCUCCACCGAAAAAUCGGAGUAAGCGACGCACCUCACUCCGCAACUCUUUGUCUGGUGGCGACGGAGAACCGAAAUAAUUCCUCUCAACAGUGAUGAAGAAAUAUAAGCGUUCAAGUCUGUGUGUGUGUCUAUUUUUUCAAAGACCAGAAGAAGACCAAGUUGGCACGCAAUAAAGUUCAUACGAGUUGAUUAUGCGGAUGUUUUAUUUAUAUUUUUGCCUUGGGUUUUGCUUUUGCAUUGGGGCGCGGGUGAUAAUGUUAAUGAAAGUAGUUUUUUUCGAAAGAAAAUAACUUUGGGCGUCAUCAUCAAAUUUCAAGCUCAGAGAUCCGCAAGUGGGGCUAGGUCCUCUGCCGGGACAAGAAGUUGUUAGACUUACUUAUAAAAAGUGAAGAGAUAAUGAUAAUUUCAAGUUCAAUGAUUUCUUUGAUGUAUCUAUGUGAUUGUAAUUAGAUAUUCAUCUAAGUCUGCUGUGUCUAAAAUCGACAUGCAGAUUGUAUCGAGCGUUAUUAUCAGUUAAAGCCUUAAAGCAAACCUAACCGUCUUCAUGUUUUAAGUUUAACCUUAUUGAUAGUGAUUAUUACUACUCAUCAUGAACUAGAAGAUUCAAUUUGUCCUUCGAAGGUAGUAUUGAAGCUCUAGCUGUACCAUCUCGUAGUAUAGCAGCACAUAGUUAAACAAUUCAUGCAUCAUAUGAGGAAGGUAAACGCUUCUAGCACACUAUCGCAUUGCUUGAGAUCGUUGACAUCCUUCUUCGUAACUAAAGUAGUCCAAGAAAAUGUGGGAGCGUAUCGGCGAAAGUACUGGAAUGGGGGCCGUGGUCGCAUGUUUCUGGCCGAUAAAAGUUGUUGUUUCCAGUUUUGAUCUUUCCAGUAACUAUGGCAUAUUAAUAUUUGAUAGCAACAAAAAAUCCUUCCUCAUAGUUCCAAAACAAUAGGUGCCGAAGAGGAUAGCGACGUAAGUAGAGAGCGAGUUGGCUCGCUAUACUCUGGUUACUGCGAGGACGCCUCUGUACUAGCCCUUCAUCGUUUCGUCAGGAGAGGAAAUCGGUUUUAGACACAAAAAUGAACCUGGGUAGGCAUAUAUACGUUUGAUGUAGAUGUGUUGACAAUCGUAUUAAUUGGAUUGCCGUCCAAACAACCUGACUUUUGUUGAGACAUCUAUUCUGCUGGAGUACUAUCCAGCAUUCAACAAAGACUGGUGCUAUGCUAGUACUGUACCUUUAGGUCCGUUAGCGGUCGGCGGCUGAAAUGGCGAUAAAGAGAGAAUGUCGCGAAAGUCAGACCUGUCUGCAGGCUCAAACUUGAGGUCGUUGUGCGCUUUCGAGAACAAGCGAAGGACACGACUAAUAAACCCUGUGAGCAGCGGUUGCAGCGAUACUAACAACUUCAUCUCCUCAGUUGCUCGGAGUUGAUG